UCGGCGGGACUUCCGUGUUGGCGGGAUUCUGAACGCUGCCAUGGCGCAGACCGUGCAGAACGUUACGUUGUCUCUCACUCUGCCCAUCACAUGCCACAUUUGCUUGGGGAAGGUACGCCAGCCUGUCAUAUGCAUCAACCACCAUGUAUUUUGUUCUAUUUGUAUCGAUUUGUGGUUGAAGAAUAAUGGCCAGUGUCCUGCUUGCAGAGUCCCCAUCACUCCUGAAAAUCCUUGCAAAGAGAUAAUUGGAGGAACAAGUGAAAGUGAACCUAUGCUAAGCCAUACAGUUAGGAAGCAUCUUCGGAAAACGAGGCUCGAGUUACUCCAUAAAGAAUAUGAGGAUGAAAUUGAUUGUUUGCAGAAAGAGGUAGAAGAACUUAAAAGUAAAAAUCUCAGCUUGGAGUCGCAGAUCAAGUCUAUUCUGGAUCCUUUAACCUUGAUGCAGGGCAAUCAAAAUGAAGACAAACAUCCAGUUGCAGAUACUCCAAAUAAAACCGACCAAGAUACUGCAGAAGAAUGGAAGAAGAAACUCAGAACAGCUAAAGAAAUCUAUGAAAAAGUGAAAGAUGAUGUGGAUAAAUUAAAAGAGGCAAAUAAAAAAUUGAAAUUGGAAAAUGGCAGCUUGGUGAGGGAAAAUUUACGACUGAAGGCUGAAGCUGAUAACAGAUCACCACAGAAGUUUGGAAGAUUUACAGUUGCUGCUCUUCAGUCCAAAGUGGAACAGUAUGAACGUGAGACCAAUCGGCUGAAGAAAGCCUUGGAGCGAAGUGAUAAAUAUAUAGAGGAACUAGAAUCUCAAGUUGCACAACUGAAAAAUUCAAGUGAAGAGAAGGAAACUAUGGAUUCUAUUUGCCCGAGAGUGCUUUCUACUGACGCCAAGGGGUCCAAAAGCAGUGAGGAGGAGGUGGCCUCAAAGACUCAAGGCAAUAGCGCCAGAAAGCAGCCUGGCACAGCCUCUGCCAGUUCUCACCUGGCUCAGCCUUCCAGCAGCAGAUUGUUGGACACCAGCUCUACCAGACAAGAAAACACGAGCAAAAUUGAACCAAACUGUCCUAAGAACAAAGACCUCUAUCCUAAACAGGUAGAAAUAAUGUUAGAUGUGACAGAUACAAGUAUGGACACUUACUUAGAAGGAGAGUGGGGUAAUAAGCCAAGUGACUGUGUCCCCUACAAAGAUGAAGAGCUUUAUGAUCUUCCAGCUCCUUGUACUCCCUUGUCUCUCAGUUGCCUUCAAUUAAAUACUCCAGAAAAUAGAGACAGUACCGUGAUCAAAUCAGGAGGUACCAAAAAGCAGUCAAACCAUCUCAGAAAACUCGUGUUUGAUGAUUUUAGUGAUUCUACAAAUGUUUGCAACAAAGAUCCUGCAGAUGGUACCAGUAGAAAUGAAAAUGAAAAGAAAGCAGAAUCUUUUACUUCUGCAAAGACAAGAUUUUGGGAUUGUUGCUCUACAAGCUAUGCCCAGAACUUGGAUUUUGAAAGUUCCGAGGGGAGCACAAUAGCAAAUUCUGUUGGAGAAAUACCUUCAAAACUAAGUGAGAAAUCGGGCUCCUGCUUAUCCAAAAGGGUGAAUUGUAUUCGUUCUUUUGAAAUGAACCGCACGAGGACAUCCAGCGAGGCUUCAAUGGAUGCCGCUUACCUUGACAAAAUCUCCGAGUUGGAUUCCAUGAUGUCAGAGUCGGACAACAGCAAGAGCCCCUGUAAUAAUAACGGUUUCAAGUCAGUAGAUUUGGAUAGUUUAUCCAAGUCAUCUCAAGGCAGUGACUUUCUGGAGGGGCCUGAUAAGUUGGAAGAAGGAACUAAACUGGAUCCUCUAACUGCUAGUGAUCAGUUAGAAAAUGGAAAUGAGUGGAAACCCACUUCAUUUUUUCUCCUCUCCCCACCUGACCAAGAGAUGAAUGAAGAUUUUUCACUCCACUCCUCUUCGAAUCCAGCUACUAAUGAAGUCAAACCUCCACGCUGUUUGUUUCAGACAGAGUUCUCCCAGGAUGUUUUGUUAAGCAGUACACGUGCUCUAUUUGAAGAUCAAAGGUUUGGGUCCUCUUUGUUUAAGAUGUCCUCAGACAUGCACAGCCUUCAUAACCACCUUCAGUCUCCUUGGUCUACUUCCUUUGUGCCUGAAAAGAGGAAUAAAAAUGUGAAUCAAUCAACAAAAAGGAAAAUACAGAGCAGCCUUUCCAAUGCCAGUCCAUCGAAAGCAACCAAAAGUUGACUUCUUGGGGAUGUCAUUUUGUUUUCGUCCUGAAGGGAAUGGAAAUGUUUUUAAAGUAAUUUUUUUCCUUCAUAAAUGUUCUACACAAUCUUAAAUUGAUCAUCUUUAGUUAAGUCAGAAUAGUGGGUUAACCUGUACCCAGAGAACUUAAUUCAUGUUGAAAACACCACUGGUUUUUGUGGGGAUUUUGGUUUUGUUUUGGGAGCAAGGGGAAUCUUUUUGACUAGAGAAAAUAGGGAGAGGGAGGUUGGACUUUGUUUUUUAAUGGGUAUUAUAUGGAUCCAAGUUGGUUGUAUUUAACUGGUAGAUACAGUAGCCUGUUAGUGAGGCUCAGUUAUCUUCAGAACAUGGUUUCUUUAAUAACUUUUAACACUUACAAGACAUGGGUUUCUUCAAAGCUUUUCCUUGGGUGGAAAUUUCUACCCCUUCCUCCUCCCUUUUAAUGUUUAGUCAUGACCUAACUUUUAUAUAAGGCCAUGAUGGAAAAAUAGCACUCUUUACUUUUUCUUUUGUAUCAUUAUGUUUUGUCCAGUUUUUGUGAAAAUAUUCUACUAGUAUCAAAGAGUAUGUUUUGGGGAUUUUUGUUUGUUUCUUUCUUUGUAUUGUUCCUG